UCCCCGCAUAUUGAGUUAGACCUGUGACAGGCAAGGAGAUGUUCUGAACCUUUCAUCGUUUGAACGUGUGGUCACUCAUGCUGAAAGGAAGGGCGGAUCCAAGGAAGGAUGAUUUAAUGUUGGUGUUUCUGAGGAAGUAAUCACAUUGUUGGGGGAAUGGAUGCUGCCAAUUGGCAAAUUAGCCUCGUCUGUGUGGCAGGGACUAUUAUCAUCAUCUUGCUCCUUAUAGUCACGUGCUUCCAACUAGGAAUUGUGGACAGAUUAAAGAAGUCAUGCAGACGUCGUGGCAGGAGGUCAAAACGAAACAUACCUGCUGUUAAGAUGACGAAAGAGGAUCAAGGAGGGCUCACCAUAAAUAUCCUACCCACACCAGGACCUACUGAAAUGCAACCUUUGAACCCCACAUACUCGUUGUCAUUGGAACCUCCUUUGAAGUCUUCGGACGAAUCUGCUGAUACGGAUUUGCUUAUUGAUGAACCUGUUUCAUCUCCCAUAAGAACGGAAAGCGACAUAUCUGAAGAAUGUCAAGAAGACGAAUGUGCCUCUGAAACUGGUGGAAACCUUAACACAUCCAUCUACCUGUUUAUGGGCAAACCUACAAGAAGCGUGUAUAAUCGCUCCAGCUCCACCCCCACCUGUAUCUCCCCAAGUUCACCGUAUCUGGUUGAUAUCCAGCGAGGUAGUGAUAACAAUGAAUGGUUUAAACGACACAAGUCUGUGCCGGUAGCCCGCUGUUUUCCGUUAAGGACAAGUCCUGAUAUAGAAAUCAUUGGAAAUGAAGUCCAGACACCAACACAAGAGGGAAUCACAACCCCGUGGAACAGUCGUCAGAAUAGACGUUCAGUUUGUGAAUCACUGCGAAGUCCUCCACUGUCCCUUCCACCAAGAUCAUCGAUAAACAUUUCAGACCAUGAAGAGUCCUUUGAAUCAGAUCCUGACGAUCUGUUCAAAGGGGGGUGGUGGAAGUCCUCAGAAUCGUUAAACAAAGAUGACACCACGACAGAUGAUGUGUUCAAAGACGACGAUUUGAAAUCAGUAGUUUCGCUAAAGGAAGACUUUUUUAAACAUGACGACUUGUACAAGAUGACGCUGUGGAGAUCAAAACAAUCAUUGUCGGAAGAUGGUCUAAAGGCUAACGGCAUCUCCAAUGGGGAUUGGCGGACAUCUAAACAAUCGUUGAAGGCAGAUGGUCUAAAGGCAAACGGCAUCUCCAAUGGGGAUUGGCGGACAUCUAAACAAUCGUUGAAGGCAGAUGGUCUAAAGGCAAACGGCAUCUCCAAUGGGGAUUGGCGGACAUCUAAACAAUCGUUGAAGGCAGACGGCACAUGUAACAGGGAUUGGUUGUCAUCUAGACAAUCAUUGAAGGAAGAAGGCUUUAAAACUGACAACAUAUUCAAUGGGAAAUGGUGGCAAUCAAAGGAAUCAUUGAGGAAAUUUGAUUUUGAGAAUGACGACAGAGAAAUUAGAGAUCUCAUUAGAAGAAAAUCCUUCUCCGGUCCAAGUGCCUGUUCCGGAAGUGUCUAUGUUCACAUGGACACGAGCACCUUACCUCGUCCUUGUCGACCUCCCUCAGCGGAUGGAAGGAGAAGAAGCAAAAGUUUAACGCUCCCGGAUGUCUUUCAGGAUCGUACCGCUUAUCAAGGAGAUGUGACCUCCCCUACGUUGUCUGUGUGGUACCCACCAGCUCUGUCAGGAAACCUACAGUCCCCUCCACUGCCUUGCUCACCACCCAAACCCUGUACAUCGCCACACUAUGUCAACUUUCGUGGAACUCUGCCAAACCGAUUCUGAAUGGUUAUGACACGACAUUUGUUGUACAUGGACCCUAAUAUGGUUUGUAGAUGUACCUUGUGGCUUUCGACCCCGUGUGAGAUGCAGUAUGUUUGUUGAUCUCGUAUAUGAAGGUGAAAUGGCAGCUACAAGUACAUCAUCUGCAUCACAAUGCCAACCUAGGUCCUCCGUAGUACUCCACCAAAGACAAAGGAGGCGACUAAAUACUGUUGGGUGACCAUCAGUUAAACGUUCAAUUACGACAGGGAGGUGGGAUAGCCUAGAGGUUAAAGCGUUCGCUCGUCGCGCCGAAGACCCGGGUUCGAUUCCCCAUAUGGGCAAAAUGUGUGAAGCCCAUCUCUGGUGUCCCCCGCCGUGAUAUGACUAGAAUAUUGCUGAAAGCGGCGUAAACCCAUAUUCGCUCACUCAAUUGAGACGGGAGGCACGGGUGGCCCAGUCGUCUAAGAAGCCGCAAUUCCCUUCGGCACACGUCCCAUGGGUUCGAAUUACGGUUUAUUCCGAUUAUGUUUCUAGGUUUGUCAGCACCAUACCCGUGCUCGUGGGUUUCACCAAAGUUGUUAUCACCUCGGGUCUUCCUCACACAUCAUCCGACGCGCCGUGAUAUAUCUGGAAUACUGUUUUAAUAGCGGCGUUAAACCACUCAGUGACGACAAUUUGGUAAUUUCCCUUUUUCCCUGUAAUCAGAGCAAAUCCACCACGAUGACCAUCGACUAGCAUAGCCUACACCUCAACUCGUUCAUCUCUCGCAAUCCUUAGAUGAUUUUCUUACUCACCUUGUUUCCCUUCAGUCAAACAAAACCCAUCUUCAACCAUCUGCCCCCACCAGAUUAUAUAUAACUCGUAACUGUAGGUUUUUUAUGUCAGUAGUGAGAGAGUGAGUGAGUGAGUGAGUGA